UUCAAUAUUUUAAGUAUGUCUAGGAGGAUCACUUCCUUUGUCUUCUCCAACCUUAAACUGCUCCAUCGCCACCGCCACCGCCACCGCCUUCCACCACUAAUCACCGUCCCAUUUCAACCCGCACCCAUCUUUUCUCGCCGCCACUUCUCAGACCAAACCACCACCCCAAAACGCAACACCAAAUUAGUCAACUUCUCCCUCUCCGAUUCCGAGUCCGAACCCGAACCCGAACCCAACUCGACCCAAACUCAACCCAAUCUUCCACCACCUUACAACCCAUUUAACAAAACCCAAUACCGACAAGAAAACAAUGACGACGACCCGACAAACUUACAACAAGUGUUCCAUAAAAUCCGGACACAAGGUCUCCAAGACAAUGCAGUCAAGAUGUUCGACGAAUUGUCUAAACAAGGACUUACCCAUGAAGCCCUUGAAUUAUUCUCUCAAAUCAAAGAUAAAGGUCACAUGCCUGACGUGGUGGCCCACACUGCCGUCAUUGAAGCCUAUGCAUCCGCGGGUAAACCGAAACAAGCGUUGAAGGUUCACCUACGGAUGCUGGCUUCUGGCGUCUUGCCAAAUGCGUAUACGUAUACCGUCUUGAUUAAGGCCUUGGGCGGGUCGGGGGACGUGAAGUUGGUUUCAGAAGGGAAGAAGUUGGUUUUUGAGAUGAUAAAAAAAGGGAUUAGGCCGAAUGCUGAGACUUGUGUUGCGGUUUUUGAAGGGAUUGUGAAAUUUGGGAAUGUGGAUGAAGGGAAAGAGUUGGUUGGAAAGAUGAAGGAGGCCGGGUUUGAUAUCGAUGUAAAGGGUGUUAGAGAGGCUUUGAAGGAUAAAAGAGGGCCGGUUUUUCGUGGUGUUAUGGAUAUUGUGUUUGGAAAGUGAAAAUGAAGUUUUGGAUUUUGAUGUAGUAGCUUUUUGAUUCAUUUUAUGAUCUUGUUCAUCCCAUGUUUGCAGUUGCGUUGGAUUGGCUCAUGUUUUAGUACUGUUAACUACUUAAAAUGUUUUGCAUUUGGUGGCAUUUAUA